GUCCUUGCGCGCGCCACAAGCCCCGGCGCUUCGUUUUGAUUCACCGGGGACCCCUGCGCGCAACAAGAGCCCCCCAUGGGUGCAAUAUAGUGCGCGCGGAGGCGGCGGUGAUUGGCCAGAGGUGGAUCAGAUGGUACACUUCCCCUCUGUAUUCAGUGGCACCUCGCAGCCCCCCCUUUCAGCAAAAACCAAAUCUCCGAUAAAGUAAUGGCAAAACCACUUGGAGUAUAAAAGACAACAAAUCAUAUUCCUCCGGAGUAUAUACACCCCGUUGUCCACCCAAUGAGUUCCUAUUUUGUUAACUCAACUUUUCCCGUGUCUCUGCCGGGAGGACAGGACUCUCUCCUGGGUCAGAUACCCUUAUAUUCGUCGGGAUACACCGAUCCGUUAAGACACUACUCCAGCGCGGCCACGUAUGGGGCGGCCAACAUGCAGGAGAAGGUUUAUCCCGCGUCCUACUACCAGCAGACGGGCGCAGCGGCCGCCGCUAUCUACGGCCGGGCCGGCGGCGGUGCGCCCUGCGACUACAACCCGGUGGGGACUUUCUACAAGGACACGGAGGGCUCGUGCGCUUUCUCGAGCCGCGACGAGCAGCCGCUGUUUGUCACGCAGGAGCAUCAGCAGCGCAAGUCGGAGUGCGCGGAGCAGAGUGUCAGCAUGAGCGGCGGCAUCGACGACAAGUCGUCCACGCUCAUCUACCCGUGGAUGCAGCGGAUGAACGCCUGCGCCGGCGGUCCUUUUGGCAGCAGUGGGCGCAGGGGCCGGCAGACCUACACCCGCUACCAGACUCUGGAGCUGGAGAAGGAGUUCCACUUUAACCGCUACCUGACCAGGAGGCGCCGGAUAGAAAUCUCUCACGCGCUGUGCCUGACGGAGAGACAGAUCAAAAUCUGGUUUCAGAACCGCAGGAUGAAAUGGAAAAAGGAGAACAAACUCCUCAAUCCAUCCAAAACAGCUGAGGAAGAAGAACAUACAGAGAAGAAGAGCUAAAAGGACACAGAGACGUGCGCGCUCCCAAAUGAAACCCAUUUAUUUGUAGGUUUAAAACAAGAAAAAAAGAAACAAAAAAGUGCUGCAAAUCACAUGUUAGAGACGUGUAGAGUGAUAGACUUCAAUAUCUGCACGGUGACAUCUGUAUAGAAACAAAUAAAUAAAUUUAAAAAAAAAAAUCAGGUCCUCCUCUGUUUGUCCUUGUGCUCGUGUCUGUAAUUAGGGGACUAUGCAAAAAUCCGCCAAAAUGUAAAUAAAAUUUCAGUGUAUAGUUUUUUGGAUAAUUUUUUUGGAUAAUGUCGUUACCUCACUAUUGUAGGAUUAUUAUUUUUUUUUUCCUCGUUAAAAGACGCUCUGUCCUGUACAUGUUGUGCUGCUGUGGUUGUUGUCUAUAGUCUAGGCUUGUUGUUGCCACUUGUACAGAUAAGAAAUGUUUCCUGCUAUUUAUUGUUGUUCACCAUGUGUUCAAUGCACAUCUGGAUAUUGUGUGCAAUAUUUUUGUUUAGGAAAUUGUACAUAGAAAUAAAGGCUUUUUGAUGUAU